UUUACAUUUCUAUAUUUAGCAAAGAACGGAUUAAAAAGGAAAAAUGAUAUUCCUGUCUGGACUGGUAAUUCUGUUGAGCGUUCAUGUGGCUGUAGGACAAGGAGAUGCCUGGCUGAUGAACAUCACUAGCAACAUCUAUGGAUUUCCUUGGAUAGCUGCAGACAGGUUAUCGGACAGAAAUUCUAGCAGAUUCAAGGAAGCGCAAAGCUUCUUUUGUGCAAAGAUAAACGACAUGUUUCAGUCUGAGCCAAUAACAGGAAAUCCGGUCAAAGAGAGAUAUUAUCGAUGCUUUAUCGAUAAUUUUCAGCAAACGAACCUCCACGCCGAAGCUCCUGUGUCGUUCACCUACUCACUGGUGUUUAACGGCUCAGGACCGAUACUCAAACCCAUUGUCGAUGGCGUUCUUUCUAGCAACACCGAAACCUACCAUUUUGGUAACAAGGUGUGGACCCUGAUGGGUGACUGGUUAAUAAGUCGUGUUGAUGUACAGAUAGUGAGCGUAAAUAUAUCAAAUUACCUGGUAAAGAUGGAGGAAAGACAACAGAAUAACAUGGAUGUUGACACUAUUGUUGCGAUGACUGUGGAUUUAUUCAACUUUACAAUGACUCCAGAACUUGGUGAUCCAACGUCACCUGAGUUUUCUAAACUAGCGGCAUCAUUCUGCAAGGAUAUAUCACGGUACCUAAACGGAAAGUUUCCGUCUUACAAAGGAUGCAACGUUACCUCUAUUGUAAACAAUACAGUGGAGGGAAAAAUACUAACGCAAAUUCAUCUGACGUUUGGCUGGGAUCAAGAAGUGAUCUUUCCCCACAUGGUAGCAAGCAUGAUAAGUCAUGCCGCUCCAAAACUAGUUGUUGACAACAAGGUCGUGCUCACCAUUGGUUCUGUGAUGAUAUUGGAAAAAUCGCUCCUGAAUACAGGAAGUGGAACAGCUCAGGACAUCAAGGAAAGACCUGAAAAUCACCCAUGUUUUCCGGACAAGACUAAUGUGAUACUGCCAGACAGUGCGAAUCCAUCAGGUUACGUCAUCUGUCACGUGGGGAAUGGCUUCCGGUUUAAUUGUGAUCAGAAUCAGAAUUUUGAUUCUACGACGAGCAAGUGUGUGAAACGUACCGUGCCAUAAGUGAGAAAAAAGGAGAACGAUUUAUCAUAUAUCUUUAAGAAAUAUAUUCAAGAUUCUGUUGAAAACAAAAAAGGAAUAAGUGUUUCACCUGUUAAUCUUUGAGUGUUUAGCACGCAUUAGUUUAGAGACUUCCGGAACCGCGAAACCGGAAUUAUGUAUUUUACCGAGAUUCGUGCUUUAGUUAUGUGUUGAUGUACAAUGUAGUAUCUUGCUCCGCAGAGACCUAUUUAGUCCAGAACAAUUUUCAGAACACCUCGGAGUUCGUACAUGUACAUUCUGUUUUCUACAUUCUGUUUUCAUGCAUUAUUUGGCGCAGACUCAUACUUUAAGAGCUGUAUGUAUAUAAUUAAGGGUCUCAUGUAGACUGAUUUUGUAUUUGAACAAGAUUGAUGAUCAUUUCAUGAUGUUCUGUCGCACGUGCAUUUCAGUAUAUAGUUACACAUGGCAACAUAACAUUAAAAUGGAAACCUGACCGCUUUAUUCCUCAUAUAACUGGAAAUGAA